GCUCCAGCGGAGCCGGCACCCACGCUGGUACUUUUCGCUCGAGGAGUAAUGGCCCGGCUAGCCCUAUGGGGUGCUCUUCGAGUAGCCAUCAGAGAGAACUGGGGAAGUUCUGGUGCGACUGCGAAACAAACCCAACUUCAGUUCGCAUCGGAAAUUGUGGACGCAUUCGAUGGGCAGGACCCCAUCCCGGACGCCGUCGAUGUGGAGGAGCUAUUGAUGCAGGUCAUGGAGGAAGAGUUCGACACCCUCUUGGAGGACGACAGCGCACAGAGCGUAGCGACUGAUAUCUUGCGGCUGUGGGAGGAAGUCUCGCGAGGGAAGGAAGACUUGGUCUUAGAGUAUGAAGGCAGGGCGGAGAAAAUCAAAGGGAAGGAUGUACAGGCACUGCGGGGUGUGCCCGAUGACCCUGAACAGGACUGGAGCGAUGGCGAUGAAGAUCCGGAAGAUGAAGACGGUGUGCCGACGCUGAUAGAUACGCAGCCUCAGCCUCAGCCUCCAGAACGUCCUCCGAGAGAAGAGCCGGAGGUAGACGAAGACGGAUUUACUACAGUCAAGAAA